AAAAAAACUUCUCUCCCCAUUUUCACUUUCUCUACUUCUUGUUUGUGUUCCAUAUCCUCCACAAUGGCCAACAAUAACAAUAACAAUAACAACAACACCAACAACGAUGCUUUCAACUUUGCUGCAUUUUCUUCUGCUCUUAAUGGUGGUGCUAAAAGUGCUGAGCUUAUUGGGGCUAUGAAGAGAAAGCUAGAGGCCUUUGCUAGAGAGGACUUGACUGAGUUGCCAAUUGAUUUCCUCGAUAGUCUUUCCCCCGCUGUCAAGAGGCGUGUCGAGGUUCUCCAAAAGAUUCAGGAUGAACAUGAUGAAUUGAAGGAAAAGUUUUUCGAGGAGAAAGCGGCUCUUGAAGCCAAAUACCAAGUUUUAUAUCAACCAUUGUACACCAAGCGCUAUGAAAUUGUGAAUGGUAUUACUGAAGUGGAAGCGAAAGGGGCUGCAAAUGAAACUCCAGCCGAUCCAGAAGUGGUAGCAAUGGCCACGGCAGCUGAUACGGCUAAGUCUGAAGAGAAAGGAAUUCCUUCAUUUUGGCUCAUUGCUAUGAAAAACAACGAUAUCUUGGCUAAAGAGAUUACCAAACAUGACGAGAAAGCUCUAAAGUUUCUCGAAGACAUCAAGUAUACCAAGAUAGCUGCACCCAAGGGAUUUAAACUAGAAUUUUUCUUCCAUAAAAAUCCAUUUUUUUCAAAUUCGGUGUUAAGAAAGACAUACCAGGUGGUCAACGAAGACGACCCUAUACUAGAGAAUGCUAUUGGGACUGAAAUUGAUUGGCUCGAUGGAAAAUGUCUCACUGCGAAGAAGGUUAUGAAAAAGAAAGCGAGGAUGGGAUCCAAUAAUACUAAGCCGAUUAACAAAACUGUAACCUGUGAAAGUUUCUUUAACUUUUUUGAUCCACCAGAGAUCCCCGAAAAUCAUCUGAACAUUGACGAAGAAGUGGCUGAGGAACUUCAAAAGGUAAUGGAGGAGGACUAUGAAAUUGGGUCUGAGAUAAGAGACAAGAUCAUCCCCCAUGCUGUAUCAUGGUUUACUGGGGAGGCUGCUGUUGGAGAGUUUUACGAGGAUGAUGACGAAGACGAUGACUUAUAUGAUGAAGAUAGUGAAGAAGACGAUGAUGAUGAAGAGGAUAAGUCAUAAGCACUUAAGGUUGGCGAGGUUCAACAGGGUGAGAAACCAGCAGAGUGCAAAUAUCAAUAAAGAUGAUUGUUUUGAUGAAGAAGUGGAUUUCAAUUUGAUGAUGGUUUUCAUUGGUGCUAGAUUUAUUUUACUCAUUUAUAUCUUUUAGUUUGAAUUCGAUUUUGAGCUCAUUCUCCUAUUUUGGCCAUUGUUUUAGAGAAACGUGGUUAUAGAGUUUGGAGAUGUAUUUGUUUUUUGCUACAAUAAUUCCGGGAUACUUUAUUUUUUUUUAUACUAUU